AUGUCCAACACGCUGAACGAAGACAACACUCCCGACCUCAAGGUCGACGAGGCGUCAAUUUCCCCGAUCGAACGUCGCAACUCGCUCGAGAAGCACCUGCAGGAGCGACCAGAUGUCCAAGAUCUGAAGAGCCGCAAUAUUUUACUUGACACAAAUGCUGCUCCGGCCCUCCAGGCAAAGCAACACGAACUGGACCGUCAGAAGCAGUCUGACAACCUGAAGAAGCAACUUGAGAAGCGUCCGGAGCGGGAGGAGCUGAUUGAGCGAAACAUUCUCCCCGAUUCCAGUGCCGCACCUGCGUUGCAAGCGACUCAGCGCAGUCUUGAUAAAAACAUGAGGGCAGAUAGUUUGGAGCAGAAGAUUCAGCAACGACCAAAGCCCAACGAACUGGUCAAAGAGGGCAUCUUGGAAGCUGACGAGGAUCCUCUUAAAGACCAAGCAUAG